CAGUCCACUAGGAAGAGGGAGAGAAAACAAAUAAGCAAACAAACCCAACCAGACCUGUGACUUUUUUAGCACAAUUAUCACAGAGACUGCUGGGGAUACAAAGUCCUUUCAGUUGACAGCAUUUGCUAUGGGGUCGUAGGGCAGGAGUUACAGAUUUCAUUCUUUAUUGAAGCACCCCAGACUAGAGAAACAUCUAAACUGAGGCAGGUCACAGUUCUCAUUUGAAAUUAUCAGGUAUUAAGGACAAAUUUUAUUUACUUAACUGGCAUAUAAAAGCAUGUGUUGUCUCAUCGAGGCCAAAAAAUUAGUUAAUAUGCAAGGGAUGAGGGAAGCAGGACUUCAUAGCAGAGGAAAAGAGUGGUGUGCUCCAAGAGAAAUGAAAACAAAACUGGAGCAAGGACUGGAGGAAGACACUGAAACAAUUUUUUUGUUCUUGUUGAUAGCUGAACUACCCAGAACUGGGAAAAGAAGUGGGAGUGGAGGAGUGCUGAUACACAAAUGCAGCAGCUGCAGCAGGAGGCACAGCAGAGUGGUGGUGUCAUUGCUAGAGCCUCACCCAGGAGAACUUUGCUUCCUUUUCCUUUCCCCUCCAGCUCUGCUUGGAAGAAGCCAAGGUGUGUGGCAAGAGAAUGGGAGUGCAAAGAUCGUGGUGCACGCCGAGAACUUGCAGAACGCCCAUACAGCCACCAAGAGCCUGGGCACGGCCAGCGGGGAGGGAGUGGCCGGGUGCCUUGGAACGCUGCCUUCCAGCAGCACCUCGCACAGAUGCCUUGUGCUGACUUCAGCAGAUCCAAGUGCAAAUUCACGUGCAGGGAGCAGAGGUGUGCUCGGGUUAUCAUCACCAUCACUAAGGAAGCCACAGACCAAAA